UAUAAUACGAUGCUUUUUUAUACUAAUAAUUGCUGGUCUUGGAUGUGAUAGAAAAAAUGUUUCACCUCAGCAUUUAUAAACAAUUUCUGAUUGCUAAUACAUCAUGUGUUAAUAAUACUGCUAGUGAAAGAAACAUGGUAUAAACCAAGAGCUUAAAAGUUUAUAAUCUAGCAUUAUUUUAUUGUUAGUUCGCAUUCAUAAUCCGUUCUUAAAUUUAAUAUCGUCUCAAGUAAGGUCCGAAAAUGUCAUACGGCUAUUUUAUUAGCUAGAUAGAAUUUUAAGAUAAUCUAAGAUGACCUUAUAAAUACCUAUAUAGGCCUUAGAUGCAACAUUGCACUUCAACAUGUCACUUUAAACGCCACUUGAGUUUUGAUGAUACAUAAAAGUUUACGGUUCCUUCUAGUGAGAGUGAUAUUAGAUUAUAAUAUUUUAUUUCUCUCUAUUAUAUAUAAUUUAUAUAUUUUCCCCUUGACAUGAAUAUAUUAAUUACGUGAGUGUUAGUGAAUAUGCAACUGCAAAAUUAAGUAAAUUUCGAGAAAAAGGUUAGCGAUAAAUGAUUGACAAUGACAGAAAGAUAAUUCAGCGUUCUUAGUCUUAGGCAGUGGAUGGCAUAUCACGGGAAUACGAGUCACAUACAAACGAUAUAUGAUUAAUAUGAAUCAUUUUGAUAUUGAUUCAUACAUGUUGAAAGAGUUUUAGGCCAUUUUUGAAAAAUGGGCUCGUUUAGAAUUACUACAGCGGACAGUCUCGAUUAUCGUUACAUACCCAUCACUAAAAACAAUGUUAGUUUAGGCAUUAAAGCCAGCCACGAUGCAAGGAUUGCUUUACGGACACAUCUUGGUGGUGACUCUAAUGUGUAUGAGAUUAUUAUUGGAGGAUGGGGAAAUACCAUGUCAGCAAUAAAAAGAAAUAAUACCGAACCAGAUGUAGCAGAAGCAGAUACUAGAGAUAUAUUGAAACCUGAUGAGAUAUGUGAUAUUUUUAUACAUUUAAUCUGUUUUAGAUGGUCUUGCGAUGGAUUAUUAAGUGUUAGUCGUGAGGAUGAUUUUGACAUGCCAUUCCUGACUUAUAGAGACAGAAACCCUUUUGUUAUAAAUUAUAUAGGAGUUAGUACAGCUUGGGGUGCAACUGGACAAUGGAUAAUUGAAGAAUGCCACUUUACAUCGCCAGCCAUCAGGCAGCAAUUGGUGGAUACGUGCCACUUCUGGGUGAACUUCAACGAAGCUCUUGGAUUGCCACCAAACGCGGUGAUGGCUUCCGAGGAUGGUUUGUACGUCGGUCGGGCGCAUCACCAAAGUACCGUGACACCAGGUGGCAUCCGCGACAAUAUCUGCAUGCUCACGUGGGGCGGCGAAGCCCACGAGAAACGCGAGUUUCAAGUAUUGUGCGGCAAGGACGUGAACUGGGUGAAAUCUUGGGAGGGUAGCGUGCCUCUGCACGCCUUGCCUGCCGGCGAAACCGAGGAUGGUUUCGCUCUAUUUAUCGGCAGGGUGCUACACGAGGGCAUUUACCACAUCGGAAAGAUACAACCGAAUCACCAAGUGUGUUACAUACCGCUGAACGGCCAGGAAAUACCCUAUCUGGAGUAUGAAACUUUAGUUAUACACGACAACUACGGAGUCGAGUGUAUCGGAAGAUAAAGCGACUUAGGGACAGAGCGUAUUUAUUUUUCCAUGAGACAUCGAAAAAAUAUUUUCUGUACGCUAUAGUUAAAGAUGCGAUUCUCUCUGUAAGAUCUUUACAAUCAUGCGUAUACAUACAUAAAGAAUAGAACUUGUCUUCUUUUAUAGAUACAUUUUUUUCGAGUUAAAGCAUAUAAAAAGAUUGAAGAAUGUUUUUUGCUAUUUUUCAUAAAAUAAAAUUAACGUAAUCUAUGUGAUUUCAAUUGAAAUGAUAAGAGAGGAUUCAAAUUGAUACAAAUGCAAAAACAAAUUAAUUAUAAUUCAGAACUUGAUCAGAAUUAGAGAAAAUUAUUUGCUGACAUAAAAAUUAGUUUACUAUUUAAAAUUGAUUUGUAAAGAUUAAUUCACAAAGAUUUGUUAAUGACAUUAAAUUUCUUAUUAAAUACGUUAGUGCGUUUGUGUAUACUGAAAUAGCAAUUGCAUGUCAUUUAACAUCAAAAUGAUGUGCAUUCGCUAUCUGAAUUGAAAUCUGUAUAAAAAUAUCAAUAGAAUAAUUAACAUUAUUUAAAAUAAUGUUUUUCCAUGUAAUAUUUAUAAAAAAAUCUCUAUCUUAGGAAUUUUGCUCACUAUAAUAUUGCAAAAUAUAAUUAACCUCAUAAAUGUUGAUGUAUAACUUCAUAUAAUAAUAUAGUACAAUCGUAUGUAGAUAUACUUUUUAGUGAAAUUAGUUCAUUUUAACUGAAAUUAGUAACAA